AUGGAAAAAAAUUUGUCUUUAAAUUAAUUGUAAUAAGUCUUUGGUAAACCAAAUGAAAAGUCAGAUGAAUAUUUCUAAGAUUAUUUAUCUAAAUACUUUGAUGAGAAAACACUUUUAGAUGAUUUUUAAAGUGCAUAAAAUCUUUUUUAUCCUAUAAUGAAAAAAUACUUUUCUGAUAUUAAAAUUUAUGCAAAAAAUGAUCAAUAUGAUAUUCAUUCAUAAGAAAUUACCAAAUAAAAAAAAAAAUUAGUUAUUGAGCCUUUUGAUUGGUUUGAAGUCAUUGAAAAGAACUGCUAAGAAUUAGAAAUAAAUCCUCAACAACAAGAACAUAAAAAUUAGCAACCUUCUAAAGACAUUGAGCUCUAAAAAAUAGGAUAACAGUAGGAUAAAUAUGCAACACAUAUAAAUGAUAUUUGCUAACCUUUAAGCAAAUAUUAGCUAUAAAGUAUUCAAAAGAAUGGAAGAUUUAUAAGCUGUGAUUAAGGAGAUCAACCUAAAGUUUGGUAGAUUUCAGAAAAUUUUUACGCUUCUUAUGAAUUCAUGAAGAAACAUUUUAAAUAGUUUGAUUACUCAAAAUUGAAAGAAGUGUGGUGCUCUGAAGAAUCUAAAAUCCGCAUUAAUAAAAAAACUUGGAAAAAUUUUGGUUUAAGUUUUUGCUACUGGAAUAUGUAAGAUGGUUUACAGACAAUAUUUGUUGACAUGCCUUUUCAACUUUUAAAUUGCUUGAUAGGUACUCCUGUGACAAUCAAGACUAAAAUAACUCUUGCAAAUUAUUUUUUAAAAUAUUUGAAGCCUUACUUUGAAAAAAUUAAUCUAAGCUAAAUGAAUGUUUUUAACGAAUAAGAUUUUUUGGAUAGGAUUAAAUCUUUUGAUUUUAUAGCUGUUAUGUUUGAUAAAAUAAAAAAUCUGAAAUGGCAUCAAAUUCAUUUUAUCUUAUUAAGAAAUCUUAAAAUAUAUCUGCUUAUAGAAUGUGUAAAGGAGUUUUUUAAUCAAAAUAAUGAUUUAGAUGUUAAAUAUAAAAAUCAAAUUAAGUUGGUAGAAGAUUUAUUUUAUUGUGUCUUAAUUUUUGAUUAUUUAGAAGAUAGAAUUAAGAUGUGUGAAAAUAAUGACAUUUCUUAAGUACAAAUAAUAGUUUAGGAUUGCUAAUUUUUUAUUAAGUACUACAAACUUGAUGCUUUUGAGAGAUAUCUAAAUAUUUUUAGCAAUAAAAUAAAUAAAUUCUCACAAAAUUAACUUUGGAUUGCAGAUUAUGAUCCCUCUUUUAAGUUUGAGAGAAAUAAAUAUUUUUGGAAAAUAAUCACUCAUUAUUAAACUAUUAAAAAUAUUUUCAUAGAAAAUACAAUAAAUAAAGUGCUUAUUAAUAUUCUUUAUGGAUGCUUAGGUUUUUCAGUAGUUUUUAGAAAAUAAAAUAAAGAAUCUUCUCAUAAAACCUUAUAUGAAACUUUUUAAUAGAUUAAAAUUAAAGUGAAAACUAAUAUCUAGAAAAGAUUUAAUCAAGAUUUAGAGGAUCUCAAUGAUGAUGGUGACGGAAUAUUUGGUGAUUGCUGUUCUAGAUUACCUAUAGCUACAUACAUUUUUAACUAUUUCUGUGUAUAUUUUUUACAUGGGAUUAUUUUUGUGAACAUAAUUCUAAGAAUGAUAGGAAUUUUCUUUAUGGUUUUAUAGCUUUUUUUGGUUAUACUCCUCUAUGCAUUUGCAAUUUUUACCUUUUUGCUAUCCUAUUUGAUUAAUAUUCUUGUUUAUGAUGAAUAUAACGAAAGCAAUCUAAAUAUACCAUUUGCAUUUCCUCUUUUUUACAUUAUGAUUGUUAAUCCAAUCCUAGGAAUUUGUAAGAUUAUGUUUUCAUUCUUCAAAUUUUUCUUUUACUUCCUCUAGCUCCUUGCUUUGAAAAUUAGAACCAUGGCAAAGAGCUUAAAAAAUUGUCUUGCAUUUAUUCUCAUAAAGCUAUUCAGUUAAGUUCCUCAUAGAGAUUCUAGUUAUUGCUACUUAAUAUAGAACUAAGAUUAUCAAAAUUAUGAAAUUAAACAAAAGAAUUCAUAUCAGCAGUAAAGUUAAAAUUAAAUACCAGAGAAUUGCAAAAUAAUCAUGGAAAAGAUUUCUCAAAAACCUAUUAAGCUAAAAUAUUUUUCAUCUGAAUAAAUAAAGCUCUUCAUAGACCUUGAGUUAGAUUAGAAAUAUAUGGAAUUUCUCCUAUCAGAACUGGACAAAUACACCAAAUAAUAUCAAAUAGAGACAGAGGCUGCUUUAGCAAAAGCAUUCAAUUACCUACCCUUUUCAGAAAAAUAAAUAGUAGUAAAUAUGCAAACAAAUAUAAAGAGCUUCUAAUAAUAAAUGAAAUAAAUUAUUGAAUUGAAGUAUGCUAAUGAAUUAGAAAUACAAAACGACGAGGAUUGCACAAUAGUUUAUGAAAAAGAUCAAUUAGAUGGAAUAUAUCAACAGAUAUAGUUAAUAUAGAGGGAAACAAUAGCUAUUAUUUGCUAACAGAAUAUUUUAUAUAAAAAAUGCUUUAAAAAUAUUUGA